CUUCAAGAGCCCGUUUAAUUCUAAAAGUUUUCUUAAUAGUAACUCAACCUUCACAGCAAAGUAUGGCCGCUUCGACGUCUACAACAAUCUCAAAUACCAAUAAUACUACAACGAACACACCAGCUACACAAGCUGGCAGUAAUGGCUUACCUACUGGGCAAAAAAUGCCUGCCUCGGAGGUGGGCUGGUGUUUCGUUCACGAAUACUAUACUUUUCUGAACAAAGACCCGAGUCGCCUUCACUGCUUUUACGGGCAAAAAUCAACCCUCAUCCACGGUACGGAAGGUGAGACCGUGACUCCUUCUCAGGGAGAGAAAGAAAUUAAAGAAAAAUUUCAAGGCUUAAACUUGGAAAACUGUCGAGUUCUGAUCACUAACGUUGAUAGUCAAGCAUCUAUUAACGGUGGAAUAUUAAUUCAAGUAUUGGGCGAAAUAAGCAAUCGUAACGAAGUUGCGAGAAGAUUUGCUCAAACUUUUUUUCUCGACGUACAACCAAACGUGACAAAUGGCUAUUAUGUGUUGAAUGAUAUCAUCCGAUUCCUGUCAGAUGACGAUAUUGAAAUAUACAACGGGGAAGAGGAAGCUGGAGCAUCUGCCUCGCCCACUGGAACAUUAGUUGAAGAACCAAUAAACGCUCGAGUCGAAUCAGCAAUCUCAUCUAGUUCAGCUCAAAAUACGGAAUCCGCUCAGGUUGCUUCAAGAACCAUGGACACACAUAUAGCGGUCCCAUCUUCAAAAGAAAACGAAGCUCCUUUACAGACAGUUUCUGCUAAUGGUGAAGUUGUCGAUCAUUUUGUUGAUAAUGAUAGGGUCCAUACCCGAUCACCGAUUGACUCGGCAUCUGUCAUACUUCAUACAAAUAUGCAAUAUUCAGUUCAAAACGGGCCUCCAUUACCUACCAUGCCGAACUAUAAUGAAAGAGCAGUUGAUGUGAACAAGCAAGAGCCUGCUACAACUUUAGUAGGUAGCGCGUCUCAGGAAGGAGGUCAAUCUCCUUCCAUGCAAUCAAUUCAAACUUUUUCAAACAGACCUCAAUCAUCGCCUGUUGUCGCAGCCAAUAUACAACAAUCACCUGCUAAUGUUAUUAAGAAAGAACCAAUUACUAUUUCAGAGAAUAUCGAAAAGCAAUCACUGUUAAAGGCAUCGCAAUCAUUACAGGGAAAUAAUAGGCAAGCUUUGACGUCGACAGAAUUUAAUGUUGUAGCUUCUUCUGUCAUAUCAACAUCGCCUUCAAUUGAAGUAGAUAAGAAUGGACAACCUGGACAACCCGUGAUUAAUUCAAAGCAAGUUUCUGAACAACCGCCGCAAGUUGAGAUGUCACAAGGGGCUGGUCAAGCUCUAUCGACACAACGUAAUAUCGCAUCUCUUACGUCAUCACCAGUUAUGCAGAAACAGCCUGCAAAUAUUCCCAAGCAGAUACCUGCUCAAGCAGCUAACACAACACCACAACCACAUAUAAAUAACCAACCUCCGACAUUGGCAACAAAUUCUAAUUUUCAAGUUUCGACGAGCACAAAUUCAGUUCCUAACACUAUUAUCCAAUCGCAAACAUUUAAUGCAUCACGAGCGCAGACAAAUGAUCAGCCUCCAACAGAUAACGAUAUACACUUAUCAUCGAGCAGACAAAAAUUAUCAUUUGAGGAUAAUGGACAAACAGCAAAUAUUUUGAUAGGAUCUCACUCAAAUGGUCAAGGAACAAAAUCAAUAUCUCGACCAGAAUCACCUUCUAUUGCUGACAAAAAGAAAAGUAUGCAAAAUGUUCCGAAAGAUGACAUUACAACUGGCACAAAUGGUCCUGAAAUACGCGACGGAAAAUUAUCUUACAGCAAUACACCACAAGCACAAUUACCUACAAAAAAAACUUGGGCAAGUUUGGCUGCUAAUGAACAAGAAAAAUGGAGUAGUAAUGCAUUGUCUGAAACAAAAGGAGUAGUUGCUUCUGUUCCAAAGCCAAUCUCACAGGCUCAAUCCCAACAGAUACGAGACAACCGUGAUCGGCGUUCGGAAGGGCAAAAAAACAAUAAUCGUCGUAAUAGUGACACAAGCCUCUCAAUAUACGUAAAAGGAGUCACUUCCUCAAUGACUUAUGAAUUGCUCAAGGCAGCCUUCUCAACCUUUGGCCAUGUUAAACAUCUUGACGUUGUGCAUACCAAGUCUUGUGCGUUCGUCGAAUAUAACAACGCCGAAUCGUAUCGACGCGCGCUUGAAGCGCACACAGUUGAUGUCGGUAGUGAAACCGUAUACACAGAAGAACGCCGAGUGCGCCGUAACAAUGGUAAAGCUCCCCGCGGUCGCUAAUAAUCUGCUCGUCUCGGUAUAAUACACCGAAAAGUAGGUGAAAUUUUUUAAAAAACGGUGCAGGGUGAAUCUUUUGUGUAGAAAAAUUUAUAUAUGCACAAAAGAUUUGUGAUAUUUACUUUUAUGCAAAUAAUUUAGUUUCUUUCUUUGUUAUAUUUUUAUAAAUCUGUAAAUUUUCGUUUUAAGUCAACAAAAAAAAAAAAAAAAAAUCAGAUUAGUGGAUUUAUUUGUAAAUGUGACGCUAGUUGUAGAUAACGUUUAAAUAUUUUGCAUAAUUAUAAAUUUCCACAUAUUUGAUUUUUACCUAAAAAAUUCCC